UAGGCGCUAUGCCAGUCGGAUAAAACAGUUCCCUGGAAUUUUGUAUACGUUGUCAGUCUGACAGAUGACAUGUUCACAUUUUGUAAACAGACCGUUUUUGGAACAUUGAGAUAAAAAGGGCUAAAGACUCGUUGUAAUAAUGGAUGACACGAAAUUAGAGAUGUUUGACGAUGUUGGGGGUCUUGUCGAGGGGGAAAUGUCCAUUCCAGGCAAUAAAACUACACAGAGUAUAGGGAAACCCGACUUUAAUACGUUAGACGAACCUAUCAGGGACACAAUAUUGCGCGACUUGAAGGCUGUAGGGAUUAAAUUCUCACACGUUUUAUUUCCCAAAGAGAAAAAGACUUUACUUAAAGAAUGGGAUUUGUGGGGACCUCUAUUGUUGUGCACAUUUAUGGCCAUGGUUUUGCAGGGUUCUAGGACAGCCGAUGAUUCAAACGAUGGUGGCCCAGAAUUUGCCGCAGUUUUUGUCAUAGUUUGGGUAGGCUCAAUGGUUGUCACACUGAACUCGAAAUUAUUAGGUGGCAACAUAUCAUUUUUCCAAAGUAUAUGUGUCCUGGGCUAUUGUUUGCUGCCCACAACCAUAGCUUUGAUUGUUUGCAAAGUGAUUCUUCUACUGGAACACACAAAUUUGUUAUUUUUUCUAAGAUUCUCAGUCUCAAUGGUUGGGUUUGCUUGGGCCACUUAUGCCUCUAUAGUGUUUCUAGGGGAUAGCCAGAAGCCGGGCAGAAAAGUAUUAGCAGUUUAUCCAAUUUUUCUAUUUUAUUUCAUUAUUUCGUGGCUUGUUAUUUCACACACAAACACAUAAGGCUUUGUGACACGACUGUACAUAAUUAUUUAUUACAUAAGCUAAAGUAUUUGUCCUGCAAGUUCCAUUAAUGUAUAUCUUGUACAAAAAUAAAGAACGAAAAAUGAAA